AUGGGCCAAAUCCAAACUCCUACCGCUUCCAGCAGCUCUGAACACACAUUCCGAGCAUGGCUGACGGUAAUAGGAGCCUUCUUCACUUUCUUUUGCAGUGUUGGAUUUAUCAAUGCCUUUGGUGUUUUCCAGGACUACUAUCAAUCACAUCAACUGAGUAGCUACUCUAGCUUCGACAUCUCAUGGAUCGGUUCCUUCUCUACUUUUGCGCUCUUUUCUGGUGCUCCUAUCGCUGGUGUUUUGGUUGAUCGUGUUGGACCGACAGUACUUCUCAUAUUCGGCGGCCUGGCAAUGCUUGUGGCUGUCUUCAUGACUUCACUUUGUCAGCAGUAUUAUCAAUUCUUUCUUGCGCAAGCCGUGCUUCUGGGCGCCAGGCUAGCCAUGGGGGUGACAGUGGGAGGAUCGUCCGCCGGGGGUGUGGUCUGGCCGAUUGUGCUGAAUGAGCUCCUUAAUAAGGAUGGUGUGACCUUUGGCUGGACGAUUCGCAUCGUCGGGUUUAUUAUGCUCCCACUCCUCGUUCUCGCGGUCUUGACCGUCACCCCACCAGCGAAGAAAGCCAACGAUGAUCACCAUCAUCAUAUGUUGACUGACGAAGAGGAAAGGAAUAAAAGACACGAGGUAGAUGGAACUCACGAGAUCCUACAAGAGGAAGCCAAUGCACACAAACAGGGUCUCCUUUCGCUUCUUAAAAACACCACCUUCAUGGUGCUCUGCUUGGGGCUUUCCAUUUCAUAUCUGGGUAUGUUCAGUCCAUUCUUCUAUGCAACCUCCUACGCGGAGAGCCUGGGCCAUUCCACCAGUUUCGCGUUUUACUUAGUUUCUAUUAUCAAUGCCGCAUCCCUCUUUGGCAGAAUUCUGCCGGGGAUUCUGGCAGAUCGCUAUGGGCAUUUCAAUCUCUGUGGUACAGCAGCUCUGCUAUCUGGUGCCACUGCGCUUUGCUGGACCGCAGCAAAGAGCUCCGGGGGGCUUGUUGUAUGGUGUCUAGCAUAUGGACUUACGUCCGGUGCUAUUAUGAGUCUGCAAUCCGCUUGUGCAGCUCACCUGGCACCACACGAGCUCCAUGGUACAGCAGUAGGACUUCUCAUGGGAUCAGUUGCUUUGACAGCUUUGUUCGGUACUCCCAUUAGUGGCCAGCUGGUCGAAUCUUACGGAUAUCUUGCCUUGUCAAUGUAUGCCGGGGCAUCCCUUGUUGUGGGCAGCAUUCUCAUCUUUGUGGCGCGGUUCAAAAUGGAGAGGAGAGUAUUUGCACGGCAAUGA